AUGAAUCAAGAAACAUCAACUGCAUUAACGACAACGUCACCUGAACCACAAAACUACCCCGGUCAAUGGAAACUUCUACGAACUAUAGCUGGAGCACAUCAAGGAUGGGUACGAGCUGUAACUAUGGAUGAAGUCACCAAUGAUUGGUUUGUCACGGGCUCAUCGGACUCAACCAUCAAGAUUUGGGAUCUUGCAACCCUGCAAUUGAAAAGCACAAUCACCGGCCACAUAAUGGGAGUUCGAGCACUUGUAGUAUCGAAGAAGUUUCCCUAUCUUUUUUCAGGAUCUGAAGACAAGACAUUACGUUGUUGGGAUCUAGAGAAACUGAAUGCCGUGGAGGGUUGUCAAAUCAAGAAUUUCCAUGGUCAUGUUGGUGGGAUAUAUGCAUUAUCACUACAUCCUCAAUUAGAUGUUGUUUUAAGUGGAGGUAGAGAUGCGGUGGUUAGGAUAUGGGAUAUUAGAGCCACAAAGGAGAUUACCUUAUUAUCAGGACACAAGAGCGAUAUCACAUCUAUUGAAUCGUUUGAUAAUGAACCACAAGUUAUCACCAGUUCAAUGGAUGGGACAAUACGAUUAUGGGAUUUGAGAAAACAAACAACUGAGUUGUGCAUCACGCAACACUCCAAGAGUAUACGAUCAAUGGUUGCCCAUCCUUUGGAACUGACGUUCACAUCUGGUGAUUCUGAUGGUAACAUCAAACAAUGGUUGCUCCCAGGGGGUCAGUUGCUCAACAACUUUGAGAAAUCAGAAAAAGCGCAAGAGGACGGACAUAUUAUCAAUACGUUGUCGAUAAAUUCAGUGACAAAUACAUUGUUUGCUGGGUACGAUAAUGGAAAAAUUGAAUUUUAUGAUUAUGUACUGGGUAAAUUAUUGCAAUUAGGACAUGCACCAGCAUUACCUGGUGCUGACGGUGCAGCAAUCUAUGCAUCAACAUUUGACAUGUCGGGGUUGAGAUUGAUUACAUGUGGUGGUGAUAAAAGUAUUAAAAUAUGGGGCGAGAUUGAAUAG